CAUCGUCAUCGUCCAGGAACUGUUGCUCUUGGUGAAAUCAGAAAGUACCAGAAGAGUACUGAACUUUUGAUCCGGAAGUUGCCUUUCCAGAGAUUAGUUGGUGAAAUUCCUCAUGAUUUCAAGACAGAUCUUAGAUUCCAGAGUCAUGCUUGUUCUUGCACUUCAAGAGGCUGCUGAAGCAGCUUAUUUAGUUGGAUUGUUCAAGGAUACCAACGUGUGUGCAAUUCAUGCCAAGAGAGUUACAAUCAUACCAAAAGAUAUCCAAUUAGCAUAAACAGGUAUCAAUGAGUGAAGCAACUUGGAAAUCAGAAUUGGAUGUUUACAUGAAAUGGGGUUGGUCUGAAGAUUAAUUUCUAACAGCAUUUAGGAAAAAUCCUCGUUGUGUGAAGUUUCUAGAAAAGAAGAUUACGGCAGUUAUGGAAUUCCUUGUGAAUGAAAUGGGUUAUGAUUCUUUGAGUAUUGCGGAAACCCCAAAGGUUUUAGAUAAUAGAUUGAAGGAGAGGAUUAUCCCUAGGUGCAUUGUUAUCAGAAUCUUAGUUUCGAAGGGUCUGACUGAGGAAAAAACUCCUCUACGGUCCUAUUCGGACAAGUUUGUACAACUGUAUUUGCAAGAAAUUUCUGAGUUGAUGAAGGUAUUCCAAGGUCAGUUGAGUUACCAAGAGCUACUUCUGAAUGAGGGACUUCAAGAGAUGAAUACACGUUAUAGGUGUGGGAUCUUGGUGGGCAAGGACGGCUGAGGACACCCUGGCCUGGGCCACAUGCUAUUGUGGUACUCAUUGCAGUGAUACAUAGCAGUAAGAGAUGGCAUUGACAGAAUCUCCCCAACGAGAAAUGAGCUUUUCAGGCUGCUCCAACUUGAAGAUCUUCAACAUUCAGUCGUUAUCGUGUUCGCAAAAAACAAGACCUUUAGGAAGCCAUGUCCCCUGCUGAGGUCACUGAUAACUCCUCUCUCCAUAGCAUCAAGAACCACGACUGGCAUAUUCAAGUGUGCAGUGCUUGAUAGUUCGUUUGUUUCUAUGAUGGAUUGGGAUGGGUAGCUCAGGGUGUCACUAAAUGGCUGCUGCAAAUCCCUUGAAGACUUUCUGCUACUGCGAGAGAUCAGCUGGAUAAGACAUUUUCAUAAUGAGAUGUAGUGGACGGUUAUGCCAAUAAAACAUUUUCAUCUAGUGUUCUGCACUUAACAAGUUGCCUACAGUUGACAAUCUGUUGCAAAGAGGUAUUACUGCUGAACCUGAUGUCAAUACUGCAAUGAUCAUGAAUCUGUGAACCACACCUUCCUUUUCUUGCAUUGUUGGAGUACUUUGAAGAUCUGGAACCACUUCCUAAAUGGCCAAAUAUGAAACUUUGCGGCCUUAUAAUUGAGUUUUUUUAAGUUUGAAAAUAUUAAAUUCGAGUUUGUAGAAAAUUAAAGUGGAAUUAUGGAGGAAAAAGUGAAUACUGUGAUAAAA